AUGGCAGGGCAAACGAUAACCACUUCCCUAAAAAAAAUUGGAGUGGAUAGAGGCAAAGUGCUCUUUGGCCGUUACACCAAUGCAGGAUUCCGCUCCAGCUCACAAGGCCAGGUCAGCUCUGCAGUGGCUGCAAAAGAACAUUCCAGAGUUCAUCUCUGCCUCGGAUUGGUCCUCAGGAAGCUCAACCCACUAGAUUAUCGGCAUUGGUCCGAACUGGAGAGGACGGAUGGAAUGCCACAGAGCAUACCCUAA